AUGGAUUGGGGAAACGUGACGGCAGAAGACCUAAUCGGUGCAUUAAAGGAAAUAGAUUGGACAUCCCCUCCUCGUCCUCUCAAUGAAUUCUUCUCCAAAUUCACCAUUCCUCGUUCUUAUUCCAAGUGGAGUAGCCGCCUCAAAUGCAAUCUCUACUACUAUCGGACAAAUUACUUCAUUUUGAUACUGCUGAUUCUUGGUGUUGCUUGUAUCUUAAGGCCACUGUCUAUUCUAGCCACUGCUUUGUCAGCUCUAGCUAUUGCUUUCCUUAAUGAUAGUUUUGCAGCUAGUUUCAGUGAGAAGGUAACAAGAACCAUAAGGAAGUUCUCUCCACAUUUGGCAGCAAAGAUGAGACCUCCGCAUAUGCCUGUUAUCCGUGGUCGUCCAUCAGCCAAAAAAUCAGUGUACAUUUGUGGCCAGCCUCGUUUAUUGUUUGUCCUUUUAUUCUCAGCUGGCAGUUUUCUUCUGUGGUAUACUUCUGGCAGUCUUUUGUAUGUUUGUUGGGCGCACGUCAUUAGCCUCUUUGUCACCGUUCUUCAUGCAAGCUUCAGAACUCCUAAUCUGAAAGCACGCCUCAACACAUUCCGUGAAGAAUUUCGUGCAGUAUGGCGCAAUUAUAUUCUCAUCUUAAUUGAGUCAGUUAACAUUAAGAACUAUUCUGUGGCUGUAGUUUUGCUAAAUUCUGCUUUGUUAUCUAUUUUUACGGCGGCUUGGUUGUGGAGUGUUCAACCAUGGAUACUCUCUAUGUUAGUUAGAUCUCAGACGCGUGGAAUGUUCUAUAGGAAAUGGUUUGAGAUUUCCUCAUUUGUAAGCGACCUCGAAUGCCUUGAGGAUGGAGCUUCUGUUCUGGUUACCAUUUGUUCACAAAUGGCUUCUUCAAGUCAUCGCCAAAGGCAACUGUCCCUCACUCCUCGCGAUAAUCACUCUCAUGGCUGCAUAACCCACAAGAUGAAAACAUCAACUUGCAUAGAGGAUUCAAUGAAAAAGUUAACCAUAACAACCGAGACGACCGAGAUGACACGCAAGCACCGGCCUCAAAUUACCGUGGACAAGCAGAGGCUACUCGUCAAGGAGGAGAAGCAUGUGGUCAGAGAAAAGGAGAUUGUGAACAACAUAAAUCUGGAGAAGGAGAAGAAGCGAAUCCCGCACAAGCAUAGAAGUGCUGCAGAUGGAGAAAAGAAGAUUGUGAACAACGUAAACGUGGAGAAGGAGAAGAAGCGAAUCCCGCACAAGCAUAAAAGUGGUAUAAUAUGA